UCCUGGCUGAGCGGCGAGAAGGAACACAACAGACCGGAGCCCUUUCACCGUUUCACGGGCGAUUCGCCGAGCCAGGCCGACGACGGAGCCCUGGAAGCGGACGCGAUCGUUCACAGGGACAGAAUCGGUCCAUAGCCUUUUAGAGAGUGGAUUUAAAGAAACCAGCCCGGGGUUUUUGUCGGCGGAUAGAAGUCUGCGGGUCCGGGGGGUUCCGAGAGGGACAGGGGGCGGGGGGCGUAGCGAGGACCGAGGAGCCUGCACGCCGAGGAAAGGAGGCUGGAAGUCGGGGAAGCUAAAGGGCACCGUACCGCCGGCGUUGUGGCGAAAGAACCCUGGACUUGGUAGUACCAGCGUGGCUUAGUGGAUGGGAUGGAACCAGGACCGUCUGGCACCGUGCCCAUGGGGCCGUUCCCCCCGCCGCUGCAGCAGGUGUUCCAGGCACCGCGCCGGCCGGGGAUGGGCACGGUGGGGAAGCCCAUCAAGCUGCUGGCCAACUACUUCGAGGUGGAGAUCCCCAAGAUGGACGUGUACCACUACGAGGUGGACAUCAAGCCCGACAAGUGUCCGCGCCGCGUCAACAGGGAGGUUGUGGAGUACAUGGUCCAGCACUUUAAGCCACAGCUGUUUGGUGACAGGAAGCCGGUGUACGACGGCAAGAAGAACAUCUACACGGUGCUAGCGCUGCCCAUCGGCAACGAGAAGGUGGACUUUGAGGUGACCAUUCCAGGGGAGGGGAAGGACCGCAUCUUCAAGGUGUCCAUCCGCUGGCUGGCUGUGGUGUCCUGGCGCCUCCUGCAGGAGACGCUGGUGAGCGGCCGGCUUCAGGUUCCGCUGGACUCUGUGCAGGCGCUGGACGUGGCCAUGAGGCACCUGGCCUCCAUGAGGUACACCCCAGUGGGGCGGUCCUUCUUCUCACCACCCGAGGGGUACUACCACCCCCUGGGCGGGGGCAGGGAGGUGUGGUUCGGGUUCCACCAGUCGGUGCGUCCUGCCAUGUGGAAGAUGAUGCUGAACAUCGACGUGUCGGCCACGGCUUUUUACAAAGCCCAGCCGGUCAUCGAGUUCAUGUGUGAGGUGCUGGACAUUCGCAACAUUGACGAGCAGCCCAAGACUCUGACGGACUCCCAGAGGGUUCGUUUCACCAAGGAGAUCAAAGGCCUGAAGGUGGAGGUGACGCACUGUGGCCAGAUGAAGAGGAAGUACCGCGUGUGCAAUGUCACCCGACGCCCCGCCAGCCACCAGACGUUCCCCCUGCAGCUGGAGAGUGGGCAGACUGUCGAGUGCACGGUGGCGCAGUACUUCAAGCAGAAGUACAACCUGCAGUUGAAGUACCCACACCUGCCCUGCCUGCAGGUGGGCCAGGAGCAGAAGCACACCUACCUGCCCCUGGAGGUGUGUAACAUCGUAGCCGGGCAGCGCUGCAUCAAGAAACUGACAGAUAAUCAGACCUCCACUAUGAUUAAAGCCACGGCGCGCUCCGCACCUGACAGACAGGAGGAGAUCAGCCGGCUGAUGAAGAAUGCCAACUUUAACCUGGACCCGUACAUCCAGGAGUUUGGGAUCAAGGUGAAGGACGACAUGGCGGAGGUUACAGGGAGGGUGCUGCCUGCCCCCAUCCUGCAGUACGGAGGCCGGAACCGGGCCAUCGCCACGCCCAACCAGGGCGUGUGGGACAUGAGGGGGAAGCAGUUCUACAAUGGCAUAGAGAUCAAAGUGUGGGCCAUAGCCUGCUUCGCCCCGCAGAAGCAGUGCCGAGAGGAGGUGCUCAAGAACUUCACAGACCAGCUGCGGAAGAUCUCUAAGGAUGCUGGGAUGCCCAUCCAGGGCCAGCCGUGCUUCUGUAAAUAUGCGCAGGGCGCCGACAGCGUGGAGCCCAUGUUCCGGCACCUGAAGAACACCUACUCUGGGCUGCAGCUCAUCAUCGUCAUCCUGCCCGGCAAGACGCCCGUCUACGCGGAGGUGAAGCGUGUGGGGGACACUCUGCUGGGAAUGGCCACUCAGUGCGUGCAGGUGAAGAACGUGGUGAAGACCUCCCCCCAGACCCUCUCCAACCUCUGCCUCAAGAUCAACGUCAAGCUGGGCGGCAUUAACAACAUCCUGGUGCCACACCAACGGUCUGCAGUGUUCCAGCAGCCAGUCAUCUUCCUGGGGGCAGAUGUGACGCACCCCCCUGCUGGAGACGGGAAGAAGCCCUCCAUUACUGCGGUGGUGGGCAGCAUGGACGCCCACCCCAGCCGCUACUGUGCCACAGUGAGAGUGCAGCGCCCCCGGCAGGAGAUCAUUGAGGACCUCUCCUACAUGGUGAGGGAGCUGCUGAUCCAGUUCUACAAGUCGACCCGCUUCAAGCCCACGCGUAUCAUCUUCUACCGGGACGGGGUCCCGGAGGGACAGCUGCCUCAGAUUCUCCACUAUGAGCUGCUGGCUAUCAGAGAUGCCUGCAUUAAGCUGGAGAAGGACUACCAGCCGGGCAUCACCUACAUCGUGGUACAGAAACGACACCACACCCGCCUCUUCUGUGCUGACAAGUCUGAGAGGAUCGGGAAGAGUGGAAAUAUCCCAGCAGGCACCACGGUGGACACCAGCAUCACACACCCCUUUGAGUUCGACUUCUACCUGUGCAGCCAUGCGGGCAUACAGGGCACCAGCCGUCCCUCUCACUACUACGUCCUGUGGGACGAUAACCGCUUCACCGCCGAUGAGCUGCAGAUCCUCACCUACCAGCUGUGCCACACCUAUGUGCGCUGCACCCGCUCCGUCUCCAUCCCUGCCCCCGCCUACUACGCCCGGCUGGUGGCGUUCCGAGCCCGCUACCACCUGGUGGACAAAGAGCACGACAGUGGGGAGGGCAGCCACGUUUCUGGGCAGAGCAACGGCCGGGACCCCCAGGCCCUGGCCAAGGCCGUGCAGAUUCACCACGACACCCUGCGGACCAUGUACUUCGCCUGAGACACCUGCCCCGCCCAGCACCCUCAACCCCAACCAAUCACCAUCUGAACCGUACAGGGGGGGGCCUCUCCUCAGAAACCCAAACUGCCUCCUCAUGGGGAUGGGGGGUGGUUUUUCUCCAGCAAGACUGCUCUUGUAUUUCAUUUUUUAAAAUAUGUAUUAUUGUAUAUUACCUUCACUCUCACAUGUAUGUAUGCAAUAUGGAGGAGGAGAACGCCCACUGCCACCUCAAAACUGCCUCUGUCUGUCCUCGCCACGGCAAGAAAGGACACUUUUUAAACUCUUGCUCUAAUUGACAUUAUUGUUAUUUUAAAUUUUGUUUUUUUUCUUCGAAUGGCCUUGAGGAGUGUGAGGGUUGGUAUUUUAGCACUUAGCAGUAGCAUUUAGGCUGGGCGUCCUCCGUGCCCCGCGCGGGAGGGUUAGCGCCACAGAGUGAGCAGAAAUAGCAUGCUGAGAGUGCCUUACCGGACCACAGCAGGGGGUAGGGCCACUCGCUUAGAGAGUUAGCAAGCAUAGAAGCGAGGGAGGGAUCAUAGCAAGGAUAGCGUCACUCACAGACACACACACACACAGGCAACCAACCCUACAGGACCAAACCAGCCUCCAGACCAGCCAAACCUGACCUGGGCCUGCCGCGGGGUCGCCGCGGGGUUGUCCCCCGGCCUGCGAGUGUGAGAAAGGACACUGAAUCCAGGCUGAAAUGUGAAGCCCCUCAGCUCCGGCUCUGUCUCCCGCCCUCUCCUUCCCUUCUUUUAUCAGUAUUAUUUUUCCCGGGUCAGCAGUUCUGUCACUUCCUGUUUGCUGACCCUCAGCCUCGCAUCUGAUUGGUUGUGACCGAGAUAGAGGGUGCUCUUUUCUCCCGGCUGUGGGAUGUAAGGCUUGUGUACUCAGGCCAUAAACGCGCACACACACACACACAGAGAUCCCCUUACACACAACGCAGAGACACACACGCACAAACACA